UUCUCCCGGCGUCCAGAGCCCAAAAAUUUUGUUAUUUUUCCCUCGUUGGUUUUCGCUUAUGCUUCUCUGUUUCAACCUCAGAGCUUUUGGCUGUGGUGCUGCCGUGCGUCUCUUUUGCUGGCUAAGGUGUUGCUUCUAGGGGUUCUCUUAAGCAGAAUACUCCAGGCUAGGGUUUCUGCUUCUUCUUCUUCUUCUUCUUCUUCGUGGUUCGUAGGGUUCCAUCAGUCUUCCCUGCAUACUACUCUUUUUGGUGUUCCAUUUCUUCAUCUUUCCCGUCUUGCCGGAGUUUCCAUUCCAGGAGUUAUUCGAAAACAUGAGGAAGAAGCUCGAUACCCGCUUUCCAGCUGCUCGGAUUAAGAAGAUUAUGCAGGCUGAUGAAGAUGUAGGGAAGAUUGCUAUGGCAGUUCCUCUUUUAGUCUCAAAGGCAUUGGAGCUUUUUCUUCAAGAUUUAUGUGACAGGACAUAUGAGAUUACUCUGAAGAGGGGGGCCAAAACAAUGAACUCUUUGCACUUAAAACAAUGCAUACAGACGUUUAAUGUUUUUGAUUUCUUGAAAGAUGUUGUGGGUAAGGUCCCUGAUUUGGGCGGCUCUGAUGCUGCUGGGGAGGACCGUUUUAUUUCCAAAAGAAGGAAAGUUGUAGAUGAAGAUGAUAAUGAUAGUGAAGAAGAGUCCAAAAGGAGUAAGAUGGCAGAGGUGGGUCAUAGUAGUAGUGGCAGAGGAAGGGGUAGGGGCAGAGGCAGAGGUCGCGGGCGAAGUAGUAGAAAUGUGGAGAAGGAUACAGCCAUGCAUUAUGAGAACUUCGAAGAUGAUUUGGAAGUUCCUAAUCAUCCCAGUGACAAGCUCAACAAAACAGUGCCAGGUAACGGUGUAGCCGAAAUUCGAAUAGGGAAUGGAAAUAUCCCUGGUGACAAAGCUGGAGAACCAUCAGUUCGGAACUUCGACUUGAAUGUAAACUUGGACGAAGACGGGGACUCGACUACAGUUGCAGUGGCUGCUCCUACAGGUUCACCUGCAAAGCUCCCUACCGACACAAAACAUGAUGAAUACCCUGGUUGGUCAGUGGCUGAUAUGGAAAAGAUGGCUAUUGAUCCAAUUCAAUUAGCCAAUCUGAACAAGACUAUAGACGACGAGGAAGAUUAUGAUGAAGAAGGUUAGCAAAGGAACAUCAUUCUCUACCUCUUGGCCGCUAACUUUCUUUAGAUCAGCCAUUUUAUUUUAUUUUAUUUUUAUCUAAUGAAAAUAGAUGGAGUAGGUGCUGGAUAGUGUUGUUGUAACAGCAGAUGAGAAUGUAUAGUUAGGAAACAGAAUCUCUAGUUUUAUCAGUAGACCUUUUUGGAAUCAAAACCUUUGCAGGAUUGUGUCCUGGAGUUUGUACAUGGUUAGUGUGCAUCCUGUGCCAAUCAUGGAAGUCAUUGGUUUGCAUUGGAAUUUAGUCUUCA